AUGUGCGUCGCUUUUAGCAUAACGAAGCACCUCAUAUUCCUGAUUCUUCAGGCCAUUGUUUUUCUUGCUGUUCUAAUUGCCACACCGCUAGACAUCUACCGGUCGCUCUUCUCGGACGCCUGCUACACUAUGUGGGGCUACAAGCCGGACUGUGGCAGUGAAACGAUACGAACGAGGUGGUCAUGCAAACAGAGGCGUGACACGAUAAGCACGGCAGCCGCCUUUGCCAUCAUCAGCAUAUUUCUCGCACUCAUAAAUAGUGCUCUUGCUGCACUUUCACUCUUCUGUAAAAUGCGGCUGUCAAAUAUGAUUCUUUUUCUGUUGAGCAUGCUCAUCGUUUUAACACUUAUGGUGUGCUGGGCCUGCAUUGCGAACGUAUACAAUGAGCCCAUGUGUGAUAAGAAGCGGAACAAAGCCAUUGGCGACUCCUACGGGUAUGGUGUGGGGUUUGGCCUUUUGUUGGCAUCGUGGUUCGUGCAGAUACUCGCCUCGGUUGUCUCCGGCGUAAUGGUUUUGUUUUAG